AUGGCGCUGGAAGCGGAGCGGCGACCCUCGGCCUUCCACAGGAUCGAGCUCCUCACCUGCAAGGAUGCACCUCCUGCUCCUGCCUCUUUGCCAUUUUCCGUGGACAACAUCCUUCGUCCUGAGUUCGGGCAAGCGGCGCGGCGUCCGGUUCGGCUAUCCAGGUCCGACGACGAAGGACCUAGUCCCACCAAGAUCGACCCCCCAAUACCGGACGAUCCCAACGGACCCGUCUGGCCUGCGUGGGUAUACUGCACCAGAUACUCCGACCGACCUAGCUCAGCCCUCGAAAAAACUAAAUAUAAUCUGUGA